GCCGCUAACCCAACCAGCACCGCGUAGAAAUUGAGGCGCCAGCUAUACUGACUCCUUUCCGGUUGAGUCCACGCUCAACGCCCGCGCCGCGUAACCCACCACCCAGUCAUGUCAUUCUGCACCCGCGUGGCGCUGGUCACCGGGGCCAACAAGGGCAUCGGCUUCGCCAUCUCGCGCGACUUGUGCCGGCAGUUCCCGGGGGACGUGGUGCUCACAUCGCGGGAUGCGGCGCGGGGCCAGGCGGCCGUGCAGCAGCUGCAGGCCGAGGGUCUGAGCCCGCGCUUCCACCUGCUGGACAUCGAAGACCCGCAGAGCAUCCGCGCCCUGCGCGACUUCCUGCUUAAGGAGUACGGGGGCCUGGACGUGCUGGUCAACAACGCGGGCAUCGCCUUCAAGACUAAUGAUUCCACACCAUUUCAUAUUCAAGCAGAAGUGACGAUGAAAACCAACUUUUUUGGUACCCGAGAUGUCUGCACGGAGCUGCUGCCUCUGGUGAGACCACAAGGCAGAGUGGUGAAUGUGUCUAGCAUUGUGAGUCUCAGAGCUCUUAAAAACUGCAGCCCAGAACUGCAGCAGAAGUUUACAAGUGAGACCAUCACAGAGGAGGAGCUGGUGGGGCUCAUGAACAAGUUUGUGGAAGAUACAAAGAAUGGAGUACACCAGAAGGAGGGCUGGCCUAAUACUGCAUAUGGAGUGACAAAAAUUGGUGUCACAGUCCUGUCCAGAAUCCAGGCCAGGAAACUGAGUGAGCAGAGAAGUGGGGACAAGAUCCUCCUGAAUUCCUGCUGCCCUGGAUGGGUGAGAUCUGACAUGGGGGGACCCAAGGCCUUGAAAAGCCCAGAAGAAGGAGCAGAGACCCCCGUGUACUUGGCCCUUUUACCCUCAGAUGCUCAGGGACCUCAUGGACAGUUUGUCAUGGAGAAGAAAGUUGAGCAAUGGUGAGCUCAUCUCAGAGCUCCCUCCAUGGGCCCACCACAUGGCCUGUCCUGAUCUGACCAAAAGGACAUGUAUAUAGUCAGAAAUUUCCCUAUCAAAACAAACAAAAGGAAUCACCACACCUAUAGAGUACCCACUCUGAGUUGGGUACCAGUUCUCUGAAGUCUUUCAUGAUUUCCUCUGUAAUAAAAGAUGAGAAAAAGUGGAAAGAUAGUGAUUAAUGAAAAUCUAAGAUGAAUAAAUGGUUCUUUACAAACGUC